UUAUCGUACGCACGUCAGUUACGUUUGCGAUCUGGUCGAGAUCGGAAGGAUCGAUUUCACUGAACGAAAGCAGUUCCGAUAGAAAACGUUCUUGUUUUUAUUAUUCGCGCAGAAAUAACACGGUGUACUUAAUCGCCAGAUCGAACUUCAACCUACGACGAAAUUAUGAACAGUUAUUUUAAUUGAAUCGUAUCGUUGAAUUAUAGAUUUAGUAUAAUCAUAGUUUUCAAUGGGUAGCCCGCAAUCGAAGGAUACUCGGAACGCACAACGAGCCCACAAAGCGAUCCAAAUCCGAAGCAGUAGUCAGUCAGUCUGCGACGACAAACCUUCGAGCAUGUCGAGUCUCGAGAGAGAUCAGCUGGGUAGCCGGGGAAAUGGAGAUGCUUUGUGUGCCGGCAUGUUACGUGGUCUCGACCAUCUAAAGAAUCCACAGUUAAAUAAGGGGAUGGCAUUUACCAUUCAGGAAAGACAAACUCUGGGUAUACAUGGACUUUUACCAGCAGUUGUGAAAACGCAAGAUGAGCAAUUAGAACUCUGCCGCUUGAAUUUAGAUCGUUACCCUGAUGAUCUCUCAAAAUACAUCUACCUUAUAGGCCUACUUGAUAGAAAUGAAAAGCUUUUUUACCGCUUACUGGCGGGUGACGUGGGUAAAAUGAUGCCUCUGGUGUAUACACCCACAGUAGGUCUAGCUUGUCAGAAGUUUGGCCUGAUAUAUCGUCGACCACGCGGUAUGUUUAUAAGUAUAUACGACAAAGGCCAUGUAUACGACAUUUUGAAAAACUGGCCCGAACACGAUGUACGAGCUAUCGUGGUCACGGAUGGCGAAAGGAUACUUGGACUGGGUGAUUUGGGCGCCUAUGGAAUGGGAAUACCCGUUGGAAAAUUAUCUUUGUACACUGCUUUGGCCAGCAUUAAGCCUAACCAAUGCUUGCCUAUUACUUUGGACGUUGGCACAAAUACUCAGAUUUUGUUAGACGAUCCUCUGUACAUUGGUCACAGACAUAAACGCGUCAUCGGUGAAGAGUACGAUGAAUUUUUGGACGAAUUUAUGACUGCUGUUGUUAAACGAUACGGACAGAAUACUUUAAUUCAGUUCGAGGACUUCGGGAACGCUAAUGCGUUCAGAUUGUUGAACAGAUAUCGCGAUCAUUACUGUACCUUUAACGAUGAUAUCCAAGGAACCGCUGCUGUUGCCGUGGCUGGAUUAUUGGCAUCACUUCGCGUCACAAAUACGAAACUCUCUGAAAAUAGAAUUGUUUUCCAGGGCGCUGGGGAGGCUUCGUUAGGUAUUGCAUGGUUAUGCGCAAUGGCGAUGCAAAAAGAAGGUGUCAGUUUAGAAGAAGCAAAGAGCAAGAUCUGGAUGGUUGACUCAAGAGGGUUGAUAGUGAAAAAUCGCCCGUCGGGUGGACUGACAGAGCAUAAGAUGAAGUUCGCUCGUAAUGACCAACCAAUAGAUACUUUAUUGGAAGUGGUGAAGACGGCUAAACCUACUGUCCUCAUUGGUGCUGCUGCUGUUGGCGGUGCAUUCACGACUGAAAUAUUGGAAGAAAUGGGAAACAAUAACGACAGGCCUGUAAUCUUUGCUCUUAGCAAUCCAACCAGCAAAGCAGAGUGCACAGCUGAGGAAGCAUAUAUUGCUACAAAGGGAAAAUGUAUAUUCGCCAGUGGAUCGCCCUUCCCACCAGUGACGUACAACGGUAAAACUUACUAUCCUGGCCAAGGAAAUAACAGUUACAUUUUCCCGGGAGUCGCUUUAGGUGUUAUAUGCGUUGGUAUGCGUACUAUUCCUGAAGAAACAUUCCUCGUUUCUGCUAAAACAUUAGCCGAAAUGGUCUCGCAAGAAGACUUGGACCAUGGAAACUUGUAUCCGCCGUUGCAGGAUAUUCAAAAGUGUUCGUUGACGAUAGCCUGUGAGGUUAUGAAUUACGCGUAUGAAAAUAAGCUUGCAUCGGUUCACCCGGAGCCCAAAGACUACAAGGAGUUCAUCAAGGCGCAACUAUACGAUACAAGUUACAAACCAUCAAUACCUCCAGUAUAUUGCUGGCCUGAAGUAUAAAUUUUACUAUUACCAUUACAUACGAAAAACUUCGAUAAAAUUUAAGUAUGUUGGGUACUCACAUGUGUCAAACAUGUAUUUAAUGAUGUUUUUUUUUUUUGCCUUUAUGCUGCCUGUUGAGCAGGCAUAAGAUGUUCUGUGCAGAUGUGUAUGAGCAUGUAUGUGUGUGUGUUUAUGUGUAGAAAGCAUCUUCUUUUCAGAGGAAAAAUGUAUUUCAAGAUUGUAUGAAUCACCGUUCACUUUAAAUUAUUGGGAUGAAGUUUAAUUUACUGCUUGUAAUAAUAAAUUUGCAACGAUUAUUU